AUGGUCCAGCUUUCAAAAUUCCUUGCUGUGGCAGCAGUCUAUUUGGCUGCCCCGGCCAUAGCUCACCCAGGUGAACAGCACGAUCCGCACAUGGUGAAGCGCGGUAUUCAUGCUCGCGAUGCGAUGGCAGCUGCUGCGAAGACCUCUCUGGAAGCAUGUGAGAAUAGUCUUCACGCGCGAGAAUUGGCGAAGCACAACAUUGCCCGGCGUGCCCGUACCGUCCAACAGCUUCGCAAGGAGCGUGGGAUCACAACUACCUCCCAGAAGUGGACCAGAAACCUGGCUGCUCUUGAGAAGUGGGAGGCAGUUAACCACAACAAGACAGAUAUCCUCAACUAUAGCCCUGCGACACCGGAGUCAGUGGUAUUCGCAGCUAACACCAGCUGCAUCCUGACCCCAAUCGUCACUGAUGAGGAACUAUACUCAGAUGGCGUGGACACCUUCCUGGAAGUCCAGUACAUCGACAUCAACACUUGCCGGCCGGUCCCAGGUGCACUGGUCGACAUUUGGCAAGCAAACGCCACUGGUGUUUACAGUGGAAUCUCCGAGUCUGGCAACUACGCCGCUGGAGGCUGGGACUCUACGUAUCUUCGCGGCAUUCAAUUGACGGACAAAGACGGAGUCGCGAGCUUCGAGACCAUAUUCCCAGGACACUAUGAAGGUCGUGCCACACACACUCACCUGUUAACCCAUGUGGGUGCGAAGCUUUUGCCAAACAAGACUCUCGAGGUGGGCACCGGCAGCAUGGCUCACAUCGGUCAGCUCCAUCACUUCAAACGCCGAGAUAUGUGGUCCAUUGAGCAAGCCGACAGUGCCUAUGAUCCCUUCCCGGAGUAUAUCUACCUUGGCGAAAGCCUCGACGAUGGUCUAUUCGCUUGGAUCCAAAUCGGCAUCAAUGCCACGGCAGAUUACACCGACAACUCGUAUGACAGCAUUGCUGCUUAUCACGAUGCCAACGGUGGACACGAAAAUUCCGACAGCUCUGUAAUGGGCGGCGCUCCUAGCGGCACCAACAGCUCCAUGCCCUCGGGUAGCUUCUCGGUCGGUGCUUCUGCGAGCUCCUCCGCGUAA